AUAGAGAUGCUUGCUAGAAAAUGCACGCCGGCGCCAGGGGAGAGUGUAAAAUGUCUCGGAAUACCGCGUUCGGUUCACAAUUCAACAUCAGAGCCCACAGAGUGCUGUCGAACGAGGAACAGCAACAGAGACGACAAAUUUACAGAAAAGAUGGCAACGGGGGCGAUCGUGUGGCCAUCGAACCGGGCGUUCCCUGUCGCUACUGCGACCACUGCAAGCGGGGAAAGUACAACCUGUGUGCCGACAUGGUGUUCUGUGCCACUCCGUACGAUGGCAACCUUACACGCUUCUACAAGCAUGCGGCGGACUUUUGCUUCAAACUCCCGGAUCAUGUCAGCAUGGAGGAGGGCGCCCUGCUGGAACCACUCUCGGUGGGUGUUCACGCCUGGACAAAAAGACAAAUCGGUCUGGUCACUCUGCUGGCCGCUCAAGCCUUGGGAGCUUCUGAGAUUUUGAUCACAGAUUUGGUGCAGCAGCGUCUGGAUGUGGCCAAAGAGCUGGGCGCCACCCACACCCUGUUGCUGGAUAGGAAUCAGAGUGCCGAGGAUAUUGUCAAAAGAGUCCAUUGUACCAUGAGCGGGGCCCCUGACAAGGCCGUCGACUGUUGUGGGGCAGAGAGCAGUGCUCGCCUGGCAAUCUCCGCUACACGUUCCGGCGGUGUUGUCGUUAUUGUGGGUAUGGGAGCACCGGAGAUCAAGCUGCCCUUGAUCAAUGCCCUGUCACGAGAGGUCGACAUACGUGGCGUCUUCCGCUACUGCAACGACUACUCGGCCGCUCUGGAUCUGGUGGCAUCCGGUAAAGUGAAUGUCAAGCGUCUGGUAACACAUCACUUUGACAUCACCGAGACGGCGAAGGCCUUCGAGACCUCCCGCUAUGGCCGUGGCGGUGCUAUCAAAGUCAUGAUACACGUCCAGCCCAGAGAUGCCAACAAUCCAGUUAAAUUUUGAAUAUACAUACUAGAAU